AUGUCCAACCGUCCCAAAAUCGUCAUCUUCGGCGCCACCGGCCAACAAGGCCGCUCGAUCGUCAACGCCCUACACACUCAUCCUCUCGUAUCCCAGCAAUAUUUUUUGCGUGCCAUAACCCGUAACACAAACAGCCCUUCUGCGCUCUCCAUCGCCUCACAAGGCAUCGAGACCGUCUCCGCGGACAUGAACGACCCGUCUACUCUCCCCGCGGCCCUGGAAAACGCUCACACCGUCAUCCUCAUAACCCUAACCGUCUACACUCCAGACCUAAAGGCACUUGAAUAUAAGCAGACCAAAGACGUCGCAGACGCUGCCGUCGCAGCCGGCGCAAAACAUAUCAUUUACAGCGCGGCCGUGGACAGCUUGAACAUAUGGACUGCGAAUGCCCGCGCGGGCAUGAAACCCCGGCCCGUGGACGCAUUCGACUCGAAAGCCGAAGCGGAGGAUUAUCUGCGCACAUUACCAAUUAAAUCUACAUAUUUCGCGCCGGGGGGUUUCAUGCAGAACUUCGUGACAUUUUUUGCGCCCAGGAAACAAGACGAUGGGAGCUAUAUGAUUGCGAACGUGAUGGACAAGGAUGCUAAGAUCCCGUUGAUUGAUAUUGAUGGUGAUUCGGGGACUUACGUGUCGAAAUUGCUGGUGGAUGGCAGCGCAGGAGAGACGCUGUAUGCUGCCGGGGGCUUGUAUAGUUUCGAGGAGAUCGUGGGGAUUAUAUCCCGUGUGUCGGGCAAGAAUGUCAAGUAUGUGCAGGUGCCGGAGGACGUGUUUGCUGGGUUCAUGCAGCCGGAACAAGGGAUGAGGACGGUGAAUAUGAUGAAAUUCGUUGAGGAGGUGGGGUAUUUUGGACCUAGGACGGAGGCGUUGGUUGAGGAGGGUCAGAAGAGAGUGGAUGGGAAGGUGACGAGGUUUGAGGAGUUUGCAGAGAAGUAUUUGGUUGAUAUUUAG